ARAAGUACGACCAAUAUUCUGAUUGCWAACAUGGCGGUYAGUGACCUAAUCUUUGCUUUAUUCUCGGUGCCAAGACGUGUCGUGAACAUCUUAUAUAGCAAUAUUUGGUUGAUUGAAGGAAACUUUGGACUAGCUCUUUGUAAGCUCGCAUCUYACCUGCAAGACGUUUCUUUGGCUGUAUCUAUUUACAGCUGUGUGUUURUCGCUCUCGAUCGCUUCUACGCUGUAGUUCAUCCACUCAGAGGAGGUUUGAGCAGAAGAAAAGUUAAAUACAUCAUCCCAGGGAUCUGGAUGUUCUCGAUGGCCAUGUUUUCCAAUUAUUUUUUUUCUGUUACGWUUGUGAAGAAAUUAAACUGGAAAAUAUGCAUUCAUGAUUUCACAAGAAUUGGUAUCACAACRAUCCUACAGUUAAGGAUUCUUUAUUUUGUGAUAUUUGCGCUUAAUGUUGGAAUCCCAUUACCUAUCAUCUCUAUCCUCUACUUACGCAUCGUUCUCAAGCUCCGACGAGCUGCAGUACCAGGGCAAGCAGGGAACACUUCAUCUGUGAGGGAGCGUCAAAACAAGAAUGCCCUCAAAAUGUCCGCCGUCAUUGUCAGCCUUUUCUUCCUAAGCUUUUUACCUUUUUCAGUGACCGCUUUGCUGAUAAAUUUUGGAAAUCUUGAUAACUUAACACCGGCUGUAUUGAACGAUUUAUCUUUUUCAACGAUUUUAAUUGCAGAAUCAAGUACUUGCUACAACUUUUUCAUCUAUUUGGUGUUCACUCAAGUUUAUCGACAGAAUUUCAAAAACUUGUUUUCAAAAUGUACCUGUGUGCAUCGUUUUUCAGGAAGAUUUCGCACCAAUUCUUUUGCUCUUCAAAACAAUGUGGCCGGAAUUGAACGUCAAGGAGAAGUCAACUUGAAUGCGAUCAAAGACCUUGAUUGACUAGAAUAUUGCAAGCAAUCUCGUCCCCAUGGUCCACUCGGACGACUCCAAGUCAUUGCGGUCGUCGGGGAAAAGACCCUGGUGUUGGUUUAACUAUCGCUAACGUUGAUUGGCUAGUUAAGAUGACGUCAUAAUUUAUUCUUACAAGCGUUUCUAUUGGUUUUAAUUUUAYUCCUAAAGUUCUAAAUUCAAAAGCCCGCCAUUUUGUUUGGGCCCCCGAAACGCCGAACUUUAAUACUGUGAUUGA